AUGCCGAUUACAUCCGAUAACAACGAUGACGAUGACGCCGCUUCAGGCCGUCAAAUGCUCGAGGAGUUGGUCAUAACCGAUUCUAGCGGGCAAGAUCUUUCCACCCACUCGUCUUCGCAGCUUGAAAGCCUUCCGGCCGAGCUGAGAGACCUUAUCCUCUCGCACAUACCUGAUCUCCCCACCCUUCGAGCUCUCGUACGCGCCUCACCAACUAUGCACGCGCAGUACCGCACGAACCGCGACGCACUCCUCCGGGCUUGUCUGGCCCGUGAACUCGACGGGUGCUUCGUCGACGCCUAUGCCUGCUUGAAGUCACACGUGGCUUCCUUUGGCGAGGAACGCACCGAUGAGACAAUCCAAACUUUCUUGGAGAGGUACCGCUCCUGGCCCGGGGACAGGAUACAGUUAGCAGCUUGGACUCGCUCGAUGCCAGCUCCUGCCGCUGGCUGGCGGCGUUUCAUGUCUCAGCUGUCUGGCCUCUUGUGUAAGCGCUUCGCCAUCUGGGCACUUGAGAAUCUAGCACGGGCAGCUUCAGGAGUAGCGUUCACCGAGAAGGCGAGCGUUCAAGUUGCCGAUAUCAAUCUUGCAACUAAGGAGGCUGAACUGGUACAGGCUCAGCAACAACCUGUGUUGAGCAAGAGUGAGCUGAGACGAAUUUUCUCCGCGCUCUAUCAGUACGAGAUGUUCCUGGGCGUGUUCGACCCCUGGCAAGUGGACGCGAUAGCUUGCAUCGAUGUAUUCAUACGGCAAAAGUACACUGCUAUCCUGGACGAGAUCCAGCAGGACCUUUGUGACGAAAGCUCGAAGUACCGUGUUCGGGGUUUCCAUCUUAAGGGUCCCCCAUUGACCAAGAAGUGGUACGACGACUAUAUCGAUGGGACAACGUCUCGUGGUCUCCAGGUAGCCGCUCGUAUUCUGCAAGUUACGGAUCACGAUACCCUGGUGGCUGUCAUGUCCAAGUCCCUAACGCUUUGGUUCAGACUCUGGGAUGAAGAUGACCUGAUGCCGAACCUCACGGCUCGUGAUGAGGCUGAAAUGAGGAGAGAUUUGAUGGACUUUGCAGGUGAUGAUGGGCCACCAGGAGGACCCCCUCUUGCCUGGGUGCUGUUGUGGGAUGGGCGCUAUGCCAACCUUUACGGAGGCUAUACGCCUGCUUCAACGAAGUCGUGGGGUUAUGUGAUGUGGGACGAAAGACAGUGGGACGAGCUAGGGGCGAAAGAUUUGAUACAAAAGCAGUGGGAAGAAAUUGAGCCAGAUUAUAUAGAUAUGAUGGAAAGGGACUACGGCUGGUGCCCGCCCAUCCAGUGGUAUGACUGUGAGGAUACGGCAUAA